AUGUUCCAGGAAUUAAGCCAGUGCCAAUUAUUGACCCUGGGAUUGUCCACAAUUGCAUUUACAGCGAUUUUUGGUGGAUUAAAGCGACUCGGCUUAUUUUAUCAGUGGCGACAUAAGGUUCAGACAAAAACAAAGAAAAAUGGAGGUGAUUUAGUAGCUGAAGUUUUGAAGUCACAUGGUGUGAAGAAUGUAUUCACACUUGUAGGUGGUCACAUCUCCCCCAUAUUGGUUGGUUGUGAGAAGCUUGGCAUCCGUGUUGUUGAUACUCGACAUGAGGUGACAAGUGUUUUUGCUGCUGAUGCAGUUGCUCGACUGUCUGGAACAAUUGGAGUAGCAGCUGUUACAGCUGGCCCUGGUGUAACAAACACUGUGACUGCUGUCAAGAAUGCUCAAAUGGCUGAAUCUCCUGUUCUUCUCUUGGGCGGUGCUGCUGCAACUUUAUUAAAGGGACGGGGUUCAUUGCAAGAUAUAGAUCAACUGUCUUUGUUCAAAUCCCUUUGCAAAUUCACAGCCAGUGUGUCUACAGUUAAGGAAGUGGUGCCUACUUUACGUAAGGCAAUACAAGUGGCACAGUCUGGAACCCCUGGACCUGUUUUUGUGGAGUUUCCGAUUGAUGUACUCUAUCCAUAUGAAACAGUGAAACGAGAACUUGGAAUGAAGGAUUCUGGAAAAGGAAUAUUCCAGAAGAUAGUUAACUGGUAUUUACAGAAUCAUCUGAACAAUUUGUUUUCAGGAGCCUUUGAAGAGAGAGACAUGAGCCCUCUUGAAGUGAAAAUCCCUUUGCCAACUGUCAGUCAAGUUCAAAAAUGUGUAGAGUUACUGUCCAAAGCCAAAAAACCUGUAUUUGUCCUAGGCAGUCAGGUGACUCUGCCUCCAGUUCCUGCAGAAAAACUCUCUGCUGCUCUUGAGAGUAUUGGGGUCCCAUGUUUCUUGGGUGGAAUGUCCCGGGGACUUCUGGGAAGAAGAAGUCGUAUACAAAUAAGACAACAGCGUAAAGAUGCUCUUAAGGAAGCUGACCUUAUCAUUCUUGCAGGAACUGUGUGUGAUUUUCGUCUUGGAUAUGGACGUUCCUUAAACAAAAGAGCAAAAAUUAUUGCUGUGAACCGAAGCAAAGAACAAUUAAUGAAGAAUUCUGAUAUGUUCUGGAAACCUACUUUGGCAAUUCAAGGAGAUGCUGCAACUCUUAUCAGCCAACUUUCAGAGAAUCUAAGAGGCUAUAAAUGUGAUCCGGAAUGGUUGGCCACUUUGCAACAAAGGGAUAUAGACAAAGAAAAUGCUAAUAAAAAAAAAGGAGAAGAAAUCACUGAUCAACAUCUAAAUCCAAUCAAGAUUUUACAUCUCACAGAUGAAAUUAUGGCUGAAGAUAGCAUUAUUGUUGCUGAUGGUGGGGAUUUUGUGGGUACUGCAGCUUACAUACUCAGACCCAGAGGUCCACUAAGAUGGUUGGAUCCAGGUGCCUUUGGAACUUUAGGUGUUGGAGGUGGUUUUGCUCUUGGAGCCAAAAUAUGUCGACCUGAGAGUGAAGUGUGGAUCAUUUAUGGCGAUGGAUCACUUGGGUUUAGUGUGGCUGAAUUUGACACAUUUACACGUCAUAAGCUUCCUGUAAUUGCUUUGGUCGGUAACGAUGCAAGUUGGAGUCAAAUUGCCAGAGAACAGGUUCCAAUGUUUGGUAGCAGUGUUGCAUGCGACCUUUCUUUUCUUUCCUACCAAACUGUUGCUGGUGGAUUUGGUGGUAAAGGUUAUCAACUUGACCGAUCCAAUGGUGAUAAGACAGUUGAGAUAAUCAAACAAGCUCAGUCAGAUUGCAAAAAUGGAUGCAGUGUUUUAAUCAAUGCCUUAAUUGGGAAGACAAACUUUCGAGAAGGCAGUAUAUCUGUAUGA